ACGUGCCGGGACGUAUGUGUCAUGGCGCGCCCCAUCUAAAGUCUCUGCAGUUUCCUCAAAGUGGCGUGUUGAUUCUCUCCCUUUGGACUGUUAUUUAUUUUCGGAUUACUGGACAAGAUGCCUUCUGCGUCCUGUGACACACUGCUGGAUGACAUAGAGGACAUCGUGUCACAGGAAGAUUCAAAGCCACAAGAUAGGCAUUUUUCGAGAAAGCAUGUUGUUCCUAAGGCACGAAGACGAAAUACCCAAAAAUAUUUGCAAGAGGAAAACAGUCCUCCCAGUGAUAGCACAAUUCCAGGCAUACAGAAAAUUUGGAUACGAACAUGGGGUUGUUCUCAUAAUAAUUCAGAUGGAGAAUACAUGGCUGGACAGCUAGCUGCUUAUGGCUAUACAAUUACAGCUGUUCCCAUCUGGCCUUCCCAAGAGUCUCAUCGGUGUAGACUGCCAUCCGCAGAGGACAAGGGUUGCCAGUUUCCCCGUUUCUUUGCUUGCUUUGCUUUGCUUGUACAAGAAAAUGCAUCAGAUGCUGAUUUAUGGCUCCUGAACAGUUGCACUGUAAAAAACCCAGCAGAAGACCACUUUAGAAACUCAAUUAAAAAAGCUCAAGAGGAGAACAAGAAAGUAGUGCUGGCUGGAUGUGUUCCUCAAGCCCAACCUCGUCAGGACUACCUUAAAGGACUGAGUAUCAUUGGGGUUCAACAGAUAGAUCGUGUGGUAGAAGUUGUGGAGGAAACAAUUAAAGGUCACUCUGUGAGACUGCUGGGUCAGAAAAAGGAUAAUGGAAAGCGGCUGGGGGGAGCACGACUGGAUUUGCCCAAGAUUAGGAAGAAUCCACUGAUAGAAAUCAUUUCCAUCAAUACUGGGUGUCUCAAUGCUUGUACCUACUGCAAAACUAAACACGCCAGAGGAAAUUUGGCCAGUUAUCCAAUUGAUGAAUUAGUAGAUAGAGCCAAACAGUCUUUUCAAGAGGGUGUCUGUGAGAUAUGGUUGACCAGUGAAGACACAGGGGCUUAUGGCAGAGAUAUUGGCACCAAUCUCCCCACACUCCUGUGGAAAUUGGUUGAAGUGAUUCCCGAGGGAGCAAUGCUGAGGGUUGGCAUGACAAAUCCGCCCUAUAUUUUAGAGCAUCUGGAGGAAAUGGCAAAAAUCCUUAACCAUCCCCGAGUCUAUGCUUUUCUGCACAUACCAGUCCAGUCCGCCUCUGACAGUGUACUCAUGGACAUGAGAAGAGAGUACUGCGUGGCUGACUUCAAAAGAGUCGUGGACUUUCUGAAAGAGAAAGUUCCUGGAAUAACUAUUGCUACAGAUAUUAUCUGUGGUUUUCCUGGAGAAACAGAUCAGGAUUUUCAAGAAACAGUGAAACUUGUUGAAGAAUACAAAUUCCCAAGCCUCUUUAUUAACCAGUUUUACCCGAGACCAGGAACUCCUGCUGCAAAAAUAGAACAAGUUCCAGCACAAGUGAAAAAGCAAAGGACAAAAGAUCUUUCUCGGGUAUUUCAUUCUUACAAUCCAUAUGAUCACAAGAUUGGUGAAAGACAACAAGUGUUAGUCACGGAAGAAUCUUUUGAUUCCAAGUUUUAUGUUGCGCACAAUCGAUUCUAUGAGCAGGUUUUAGUACCAAAGAACUCCUCAUUCAUGGGGAAAAUGGUUGAAGUGGACAUCUAUGAAGCAGGAAAACAUUUCAUGAAAGGGCAGCCAGUAUCAGCAGCCAAAGUGUACACGCCAUCCAUCAGCAAACCGUUAGCGAAGGGAGAAGUCUCAGGUUUAACAAAGGAAUUCAGAAAUCAGCUUGGUAAUCACCAGGGUGCAGUACCCCACACCCCUGCUGCAGCUCCACACCACCCAGAGAGUUCCAGAACGGCACUGCAGAUACAAAGGCUGCAUCAAGGCUGGAUGCCGAGGAUGUCUGUGGGCUUGGCUCUGCUUGCUCUUCUUUUUGCUUUUUUGGUCAAGGUCUAUAACUGGAACACAAGCAAAUGAAGCAUCUGUGACGAAGAAUAAAUUUCUAAUUAAAAUCUUCAAUGAACAGGA